CGGGGGCGGGCCGGGGAGCGGCGGGAGCGGAGCCCGGUGCGGCGCCGAUGGAUUAUCAAGCUUGACAUCCAAAAGGUGUGAAAAUCCCCCAAUUUGCUCUGGCAGCGUGUGUGCGACCCCUUGCCAAGAAUCCGGGCCACCGCUAUUGGGGAGCAUCGGGGGGAAGGCGGAUCCAGCCUAGGCCAAUGCCAGAGGUGUCUGAAAUUACAUUUGUAGCAGGCAGCAUGAGAGGCUGUGCACCGGUGCCUGGGUCCCGGCGGCCACGAUCGGAGCUCUGCAGGUAGGAGGGUCGUGGAAGCGGGAAGCCCCAGGAGCCUCCUUGGGAGAGAAUGGAGCCAAAUGUCAGCUCUCCCUAGUGAAGACACACUUUCUCUCCUCGGCCCGUGAAGGGAAUCUCAAGUCACGAAGCCACGUCUUUCAAGGUGACGAGCCGCGGGAGUCAACUGGAUCCUCCUAGCAAGAAGUUGACCUUUUCCCCGGUGCCGCUCGGGUAAUGACAGAACCACUGCACACCAGCUUCCAGGACGUGACAUCGUGUGCUUAGUCUAAGUACCCCUGGGCAAGACGGGGUCCCCAGCGGCUUCGGAAGCACGGCGGAGACGGGGGCUCAUCCUUCAGCUCGCUCAACCUAGGCCCUGAUUCGGAAUCCUUGGAUGCCGGCACUAGGGACUGGUCCUGUCUCCUCCUUCUCCAGAGGGAACUAGUCUCGUCUGGUCGGGCUUCCUUUUGCAGCCCCUUCCUAUACCUUUCUGAGGGUCUGCCCCUCCACCCCAGUUGCUCAGAGAAUGUGAACUCUGGAAUGGAGUCCGUUAAACUUUGGGGGUUCAGUUCCUUUCACAGACUGUUUCUCUCAGACAGGACAGUGUGACCAGCCCCAGGUUCGCCCCGGGUCGAACUUCGAAAGGGGGCAGCUGGUCUUGUGGUUCCUCCACCAUGUUCCUGCUCCUGCCUUUUAACAGUCUGGUGGUCAACCUCCUUGGCAUCUCCCUGACGGUCCUGUUUACCCUCCUUCUGGUGUUCAUCAUCGUCCCAGCCAUCUUCGGGGUCUCCUUCGGUAUUCGAAAGCUCUACAUGAAGACAUUAUUAAAAAUCUUUGCGUGGGCUACCCUGAGAAUGGAGAGAGGAGCCAAGGAGAAGAACCAUCCUCUCUACAAACCCUACACCAACGGCAUCAUCGCAAAAGACCCCACUUCUCUAGAAGAUGAGAUCAAGGAAAUCCGCAGAAGCGGGAGCAACAAGUCCCUGGAUAACCCAGAGUUUGAGCUCUCGGACAUUUUCUACUUCUGCCGGAAGGGGAUGGAGACCAUCAUGGACGAUGAAGUGACAAAGAGAUUCUCAGCCGAAGAGCUCGAGUCCUGGAACCUGCUGAGCCGAACCAAUUACAACUUCCAGUACAUUAGCCUGAGGCUCACUGUCUUGUGGGGCUUGGGAGUGCUCAUCCGCUAUUGCUUCCUCUUGCCCCUCAGGAUAGCUCUUGCCUUCACGGGGAUCAGCCUUCUGGUGGUGGGCACAACCAUGGUGGGAUAUUUGCCAAAUGGCAGGUUUAAGGAGUUCCUGAGUAAGCACGUUCACCUGAUGUGCUACCGGAUCUGCGUGCGGGCACUGACAGCCAUCAUCACCUAUCAUGACAGAGAAAACAGACCUCGGAACGGGGGCAUCUGCGUGGCCAACCACACCUCCCCCAUUGACGUGAUCAUUCUGGCCAGCGACGGCUACUAUGCCAUGGUGGGCCAAAUUCACGGAGGCCUGAUGGGUGUGAUCCAGAGAGCCAUGGUGAAGGCCUGCCCGCACGUAUGGUUUGAGCGCUCCGAGGCGAAAGAUCGCAAUCUGGUGGCUAAAAGGCUGACUGAGCAUGUGCAAGAUAAAAGCAAACUUCCAAUCCUUAUUUUCCCUGAGGGAACCUGCAUCAACAACACAUCAGUGAUGAUGUUCAAAAAGGGAAGUUUUGAAAUUGGAGCCACCGUGUACCCUGUGGCCAUCAAGUACGACCCUCAGUUUGGAGAUGCUUUCUGGAACAGCAGCAAGUAUGGAAUGGUGACCUAUCUCUUGAGAAUGAUGACCAGCUGGGCCAUCGUCUGCAGCGUCUGGUACCUGCCCCCCAUGACUAGAGAGGCAGAUGAAGAUGCCGUCCAGUUUGCCAACAGGGUGAAGUCAGCCAUUGCGAGGCAGGGAGGACUUGUGGACCUGCUGUGGGAUGGUGGUCUGAAGAGGGAGAAAGUGAAGGACACGUUCAAGGAGGAGCAGCAGAAGCUGUACAGCAAGAUGAUCGUGGGGAACCACGAGGACCGGAGCCGUUCCUGAGUCCUCGCCUUGGGUUGCCAGCUGGAGCUGGCUUGGAGCCGCUGCCGCCCCGAAGUCCUCCACCCGGGCCGGCCAAAAUGGCUGCCGCCACUGCUGCUACCGCCGCCGCACCCCCACAGACUCUGGAGUCAGCCCGAGCCGCUCUCCAGUCCUUGGACUCCAGCAUCUCCAAACCCGCCUCUGGGUAUCUGGGGACUGUGGCGUCGUCGAUCGCUGGCUGCCUGGAGUGAGUGCUGCUGGGUUUUUCUCCCAAGGAAGAAAUGCCUUCUUAUUUCUGUUACAACGAAGUCCUCUGAAGGAAUGACAUUAAAAAGAACUCUACAGUUG